AUUAUUUACAAAUGUCAGCUGAUCAGAGGAUCUUCCAGUUGCCGAAUUUUGACAGUUUGGAUCAUCAGGAAUAUGCAGACAGCCUACCAAUCCAGGUCAUGAAAGCGUAAGAAACUUUUCAAAGAAAUGUUUUCCUGCUUAUGUGGAAAAUGAACCGGUCCAUUGAUUCCCCGACUGGUCUGACAGAGUUUGGUCCCCUCACCCCCGAUGAGAAGCCUCAAGGAUAUGGGUUCUCACUCGCCAAGCUCUUUACGAGAGCUAUACGAGGGGGAUCUUCGAAGCAGAGCAGCUCGUCAGAACACCAGCGGCAAGAUCAGCGUGAUCUCUUUGACAGUGGAGGAUUGUCAGAGCACCAAGCUGUGUCGCAAUCCAAUUCUGUUGUUGAUGGAGGGUCUGGUUGGCUAGAAAAGGGCAUGAAUGACUCCAUCAGCGAGUCUUCAGAAACAUCAUCCUUGACGUCAUCGGUGUCGUCCCUCGUCAUGAAACCUGCAUCAUCUGGACAUGACAGGACCCUCCCAAAUGUCCUCACACGGAUAAGAAACAUCAUCGACAACAGAGGAUCGACGCCUCAGCAGUAUAAGGACUCCGACUUUAAACAGUAUUGGCUACCAGACAGUGUGAGUCGCGAAUGCUAUGAGUGUGAAGAAAAGUUUACCACCUUCCGACGUCGGCACCACUGCAGAGUUUGCGGCCAGAUCUUUUGCUCUAGGUGCUGCAACAGUAUGAUUCCCGGCAAGAUCAUUGGCUAUACAGGAGAGCUACGUGUGUGCACCUACUGUUGCAAAGUAGUGCUGUCGUAUUUGCAAUCGAACAACCUGGCAGCUGAUGUCCUGGCUGAUUUGCGAGCCCUGCAGGAGGAACUGUUGCCACCAACCCCAGACCAGUCUUGCAAUGCUCAGCACCAUGAUGCUGCCUUCAGUUCUAUGCCGGGCUCUAGCACCCCAUCUGCCACCCCCAGGGGUACCCUGCGGAGACGGCCCUCGUUGGGAUUUCAGGAAGAGAAAUAUGCUGUUAGGACGAGGUACUCGAGUGGAGAUUUCCAGGUGUUUGGAGGCCAAAGGGACAGCGACCAGAUGACAGCAGAGAGACAGCUCCUCCUGCGUGACUCCCAGCAGCUCCAUUCCUUGUGGUCGCAGAUGGCUGGUGGUGUUGGGGGUCUUCCAUUGGCCUCUCACAGACACCGGCUAAAGUCUUUCCACAACUGUUUUGUCGGUCGUGAUCUCAUUGAAUGGCUUUUGGCAAAUGACAAAGCUUCCAGCAGGGCAUCAGCAGUUGCCAUUGGCCAGGCAUUACUAGAAGCAGGAUAUGUAGUGUGCAUUUCGCAACUGGAACAGGUCUUUGUGGAUGACUACGUGCUGUACCGUCCAAUGAGACCCAGUACAGGUGGGAGCGAACAGACAACUCAGGAGGGCCUGAAUCGUGCACAGGAUGGAGGCCAGGAACCUUUGUGGGUAAAACAAAUUACUUCGAUGGCAGAGAGUAUUGAAGGAGAAGUAGAUUCGAAUGGCAGUAGCAAAGUCCACAAGGAAGAGCCAGCACACACUGUUGACACACCUACCUCCAUCACCUCUUCUACCUCCAACUAUUGCCUGGACCUCAAUGUAAAAGAUAGUGUUGUGUCCAUGAGGAAGCCCCCACAUGUCUCAAGGCAUGGCAGUCCUGAGAGUGACCAGGUGGAUGCACGAAGUCCUGGAAUGACAUCUACAUCUGGGCAAGUUCCAUACUCAACAACAGUAUCUGCCGUUCUCAGUGCCAAUGCCCAGCUUCCUUUCACAGGAGAUGCCAUGAACUCAACAGCUGUUAUGUCUGAUGAGGUGUUACAGGCACUAAGGGGACAUGAUAGUAGUCAGCCCCAUGCAAGGUCAUCUGGCUGGACGCAGGAGGAGAAACUCACACAGAAUGAUGAAGAAUGUCUAAUGCAACAGAGAUUAAAUGCAAUGUGGAACGCCCAUGAGACAGCCUUGCUCUGUCAGCUUCUUGACUCGGGUGGCUUGUCCCCCUCGUGGGCUGAGGUGAUCCUCCCCAUUGUUCAUACUGUCACUGACAUCAUACGGCCUGAUGUCAAGAAUGAUAGUGAUGACAUGGAUAUCAGGCAGUAUGUCCAGUUCAAGAAAGUUCCAGGAGGCAGCAGGAGUGAGUGCCAGAUCUUGAAUGGGGCCGUCUGCACCAAGAAUGUUGCUGACAGGUCCAUGGCCACACGGCUCACUGACCCUCAGAUUCUCCUUGUGGCUUCUACCAUCGAUUACCAGCGCGGCAAUGACAAUAAGCUCUUGGCACUGGACAACUUGCUACUACAGGAAGCGGAUUAUCUAAAAAAUGUUGUGGCCAAGAUCGUGUCGUACAAACCAGACAUCAUACUAGUGGAGAAAAGCAUUGCCUUCUUAGCAAGGGAGUACCUUCAGGCUCAUGGCAUUACGCUGGUGAUGAAUGUGAAACCCUCCGUAAUGGAACGCGUCGCAAGAUGCACUCAGGCAGAAGUUGUGUCUUCAAUUGAUGCUCAGCUAACACGUCCUAGUUUGGGCAUGUGUCACAACUUUUACACAAGAUCAUACCCAAUGCCUGGAAAGAACAAGCAGAAAACUCUAAUGUUCUUUGAUGGUUGCGCCAUGCACCUUGGCUGCACAAUCAUACUACGAGGAGCGACCAAUGCGGAGCUGAAACGAGUGAAAAGGAUAAUGUACUUUAUGGUUUAUGCAGUGUAUAAUUGGAGACUUGAAAGAGCCUUUUUGAUGGAUGAAUAUACACUCAUCCCACCCCUUCCAUCAGAGAGCUUUGACCUGGAAGAUCAGGUGUUUGAGGAAGAACUGAAGACUAGUGCCAAAGCUGGGAGUUUAGAUCUGGAGCCUGUGACAAAAAACUCAAAGUCCACUGCUAGAAAGGAAGAUGGGGAAACGCCAUCAGCAGAACGAGGUGCUGCUAACAGAUCAAGGUCGCUAAAUUCCCAGAGAGACCCAGUGUCAAGUUCAGGAGAAGUGUCGGUGUCAUCGAGUGGAACAUCAGACAAAGCAAAAUUAUCACAGACAAUCAGUGACUUUAGUGACCCUCUUCACUCAUACCUGAAUUCAGGAACAUCACCACAAGAGACACCGCUAGACUCCACACACACCUCUCUCUCAGUCACUGAGUUCUCGAACACUUUCCGCAAAGCUCUUGAGGAUACAAUUUUCUCCUGUUCACCAUACCUCAAAUACACUGUUCCCUUCUUUGAGACAGAAGCUGGGAGGAAUUGCAUCUUGCGCAAGUAUUUCCAGAAGGACUUAUACUUCUCUGUGCUACUGGAGAAAGACAAGUUCACCCGAAAGCCACGUUUCUCGGAGAUGGAAGUUAAGGAGUCAAAAGACGAAAAUGAAAAUGUGAAAUUAAAGUUACCACAUGAAUUUACAAAAAUCAAGAUUACGACAACAAUAGGCGAUAAGGAUGUCAGAGCGAUGUUAGCUGAUUUCAGGGCACGUGGAGGGCAGAUGAGAAAUAUAUGCAAGUGUGAAAUUACAAAGAAAGACCAAAAGGAUCGGAAACUAUAUCAACUAUCAAUAGAUAAAGACACUGAUGCCAAAGUUGUGGUUGAAGGCUUAUCCUCAGAUGCUUUAGGUUCAGUAAAUACUACAACAAAUAAUGCUAAAAACACUGUAAACGACUUCUGGAGUGGACAGAGUGGGCUGAUGUUAACCUCUGACGGAAGGGUUGAUGCGCUUCAUCCAUUCAAUCAUCAGCGACUGUCUAUUUUGUUCUCAAGUUAUUCCCAGGCUUCUGAGUCUCCUCCUGCUUUUUGUGUUAACCCAUGGGUCUUGACCAUGGACUUCUAUGGGAGGAAUGACAUCCCACUUGGUGCCUUCCUGGAGCGCUACUGCUUCAGCCCGACAUACACCUGUCCGUCCAGUGAGUGUUCGGUGGCUGUGGUCGAUCACAUCCGCAAGUUUGUCCAUGAUACAGGCUGUGUGGAAGUACUCCUCCGACGCCUUGACACCAAUUUGGAUGACACAAAUGCUGGGACGAUCCUCAUGUGGAGCUGGUGUAAGACCUGUCGGGAGGUAACCCCCAUGGUGCCGAUCUCUUUGGAAACCUGGUCCCUUUCCUUUGCCAAGUACCUGGAGCUGCGAUUCUAUGGUGGGAGCUUCAACAGGAGAGGAACGCAAGGGUGCACACACUCCCUGCACCAUGACCACUUCCAGUACUUUGGCUACAAGAACCAAGUGGCAGUGUUCAAGUACAAUAACAUAACUUUGCGAGAAGUUGCUCUGCCACCAUCCAAGAUGAGUUUGUGUGUCCCGCCAAUCACGCAAGCCUCAGUUGUAGAACUCAUCAAAGGUGUAGCUAUGCAGAGUGUAAGAAAGGAGAACUUAGAUAAUAAAAGGGGUAUCCACAAUCUUGGAACGUGUGACUUCUAUGCCACACUGCCAACCACUGUCUGGAGAAAAUUGAAACCUCUUCUGAUUGAAAUCAAUAAAAUAAGUGAACACCAGAAUGGCCAAAGAGCAUUGUUUCGUGAAAAAAUUGAAAGUAUACAGCUUCAGUUAACUUCACCAACUUUAGAAGCUCGGCGAUUGCACCCACCAACCCCAAACACUACCCAAGAAGUUACUGCCACCAUGCUUGCCAUCACUGAUCAAGUUGUUCUUAUCAAGAAACUUGUUGCACAAGUUGUUAGUGACUGGAAUGCUAAGGUUCAAGACCUCUUGCACCUUCGCAAAAAGGAGGAGAAAUUAGAGAAAGCAAAGGUUAUGGCUUCAGCUAGUAGCGGAAUGCCAGGAUUGCCGCGACAGUCCACAAGCGCUUCCAUCUCCACUUCCUCUGCAGCCUCUGCUCAUGCAACAUCAUCAACUGGAGAAAUGUUCAGUGCCCCUUCACAUAAGCAAGGCUGUGAUACUGCAUCAGUAGCAUCAUCGGCAGCACUCACUGGUGUUUCCACAGAUUCCCUAAGUCUUUCAGCAUCAUUCAGUGAACUACCAGGUCAAGAUGGACAAAAAAUUGAUGGUUGUGAGGAUGAGGUUGACACUGGAGGUGCUGGCAACGGUGAAUCAUCAGAUAGUCCUCAAGCAGCUGAAACACAAGAAAAGAGAAAAAAUGCUGAGGAGUCAAAGGAAAAUGUUCAAAAGGCACUAGGAAAAGCAUACGUCACGCCCACUGUCUCGUGCCUCAUGGAUGAGAGGGAUCACACCCUUCUGGCACUGGCUGCUCUCACUACAAGCACUCUGUCUCCACCAGCAUCAGGCAGCAGUGCUUUGUCCUUAUCAUCUGCCUCUAGUGAGAUCCUGAACAGCUGGGAGAAUGAGAGCGAUGUCAGCGGAGGCCUUCAAGCUGUUCUGCCAAACCAGCUCACCGAAGCCUUCUCAGUACUCCAUCGUAGGCAAGGGAAUCGCUGCAUAGAAGGACUUUCUCGUCAGACAGCAGGAGGCAGGCAGAAUGGCAGACAGCAGACAGAUGAAGGUCUCACUUGUUACCACUCCGCCCUCAGCACCCUGGGGCACAAGUCUCAUGGAGUUUCACAUCCACCUUCCCCAUUAAGCCCUCCAGCAGAGACCCCUUUCAUUCUACCUGCUCUUAAGCCUAAUCUCUUAUGUUCACAUGUGCUGGAUAUAGGCAUAUCUCUCCUGUCCUCUCCUAUGAGCGAGUUGUUAACUGGAGUUUCUGUGUGGCUUCAUGAUUUUAAUGCCAUUUAUGUUGCAUGCGUUUUCUUUGAUAUUGAUUAUCAAAAAAUAUGUUUUGAGAACUGUGUAACUGUAGCAUUUGUUAGAGGAGAAUCUUCCGACACCUGUGAUGGAAUGAUUGCUGGUUGUUCUUCGACCUCUGGUUCUCCUGGCCGAGGUCAUGAAAGGUCACUCUCUGAUGGAGGACAGACGGGGAUUAUCAAAGAAGGCAUAGAUGUUAUUGGUGAACGUAGGCUUGCUGCAACAGCUGUGAAGAAUAUUAUCUCAACAUUUUGGUCAUCUUCAGCUAAUCUGAUGGUUGAGUCUCCCUUUGGUCCAAAUGAACACUACCUCUUGUUGCCGGAGGUGAAAAUCCCGGUUGUUGUGUAUGGUGAUGAACCAUCUUCCAUCAUCGCUCAUGCACUGGCGUCUCAAGAGUACGACCGCCAGCUUGGGGCGCUUAAGAAGAGACUAAAGGACAUGCAGAAAGAGGGAACGAACACGAGAUCAAGUGACAAAGAACCCCAGCUGUCGCAGGAAGAUUAUGAUAGCUCGGCCAAUGAAGAGUCAGAAUUCUGUGUGUCAGCAGCCACCACCGACAUUGAGAAGAACAAGUCGGCUAAGGAUUUCCACAUUGAACUCCAGUGGAACGAUCAACAUGCCAAGUUUUAUUGCAAGAUUUUCUUUGCUGAGCACUUCCGGCAGUUACGGAAGAUGGUUUUCCCUUUUGGAGAGGAGUUCUACAUAAGGUCCCUGAGUCGUUGCAUUGCCUGGGAAGCGCGGGGAGGAAAAUCGGGAUCCGUCUUCUGCAAAUCACAUGAUGAUCGUUUUAUCUUGAAAGAGAUGUCACGCCUAGAAAUGAUUUCCUUCCUUGACUUUGGUCCAGCCUAUGUGCAGUACAUUGUUAAUUGUGAGAAGGAGCAGCAGCCAACAGUGCUAACAAGGAUUGUAGGUGUCUAUCGCAUUGGGUAUAAGAACACCACUACCAACAAAGCUCAGAGAAUGGAUGUGUUAGUGAUGGAGAAUUUGUUCUAUCAGCGUAACAUAACUCACAAAUUUGACUUGAAGGGAUCCAUCCGAAACAGGCUUGUGAACACUUCUGGUAAAGAGGAGUCGGAACUUGUUCUGCUCGAUGAGAAUUUACUCCGGAUGGCUUGUUCAUCUCCGCUGCAUGUGCGUCCUCACAGCAAGACGGUUCUUAGCCGAGCCAUUGCAGCAGACACUGUUUUUCUCUCUCAGCAGCUUAUCAUGGACUACUCUCUACUUGUUGGUAUCGAUAGCACUGCAAACCAACUUGUUGUCGGCAUUAUUGAUUAUAUCCGGACAUUUACAUGGGACAAGAAGCUUGAGACCAUCAUCAAGGGCAGCGUCCUAGCUGGAGGGGCCGGCAAGCUCCCAACUGUUGUUUCCCCAGAGGUGUACCGAACACGCUUCUGCCAUGCCAUGGACCGAUACUUCCUCCUCACCCCAGAUAGGUGGACGGGGCUGGGACUUGGAAUAGACCCUUGAUCAUUUAUUCCAAUGUAUGUCUGAUAGUUUGUGUGGGUGUUAUGUUAUGGUACUCCUUCAGUAAAUAUGCUAAGAGUGUCUGGAUGCUCAAACUUUACAUCUCAUUUGAAGGUACCCAUGUGUGCAUAAUCUCUACUCAUUUUUGGGCAUCCUUAUUAUAGAAGAGAAAGAAAUAAUUAAAUAAUGUUAACAUUAUCUCUUUGAAUACAAUAAGAAAGCUUUUUUGCAUAACAUUUGCUGAUUUAGAAUGAAUCUUGCAUUAGAAUGUAUGAAAAUAUAUUUUAUCAGAUGACAUCAUUAAAUUAUUAAAAAAAAAAAAAAAAAACAUUUAACAAUGCUCUUAAGAUUGUAGAGUGCAGUUUGGUGCCUUGUUUUUAUUAAGUAUUAUAAUACCUGAUGUUGCAUUUAAUAUUUUUUGUUAUUCAUAGAUUAAAAGUUCUUCCAGCUUCUAGGGGCAGAAUGCACAAAAGGAACUAUAAUUCUAGGAUGAUGUAGAAAUUAUUCUUGGAAUAAUAGUAGCAAGUGAUGGUAUGAAAAAAGUGGUUUUAUAUAUGAUUCAGACAAUUUGAUUUAAAGAAUAGAAAGGUAAAGGAGGUGUAAUAGAAAUCUUUAUAUUGACAUCCCGUCAAUAAAUUUUACACAUUGGAUUAUUUAUGCCCAAGUCUGUGUUGGUAUUUUAGAAAUGUAUUUAAAAAGUAUAAAUUCUACUGUUUUGUUCUUUGUUGCUUAUUGCAGAUACCUUUUAAAUGCCCAUCAUGAAGUUGCUAAAGCAUUUCUAGGGUAUCUGAAGUAAGUGGCGAAAACAAAAUAAAGCAAUUGUUUAUAAUAAUAGAUUGUUUCAGGUUGCAACGCAAUUUGAAUAACAUUUUUCUUUUCUUUUGUCCAAGCAGUUAUUUCUACAGUCGAUCCUUUUGGGCUGAGAUAACAAUGUAUUUCAAGUUCCGUUUUGUUUUUUUGUUUUAUUUAUAUCAUAUAUUUUUUUCCUUUUAGGAUAAUAGCAUGUGUGUACAUAUGUAGUAUGUCAUUGGAUUUUAAAAUAGAUCUUCAUAAACAUAACCUGAAUAACAGCUUGAUGUAUAUAUUGUGAAAAUAAUGGUCAUGUGUAUCUUGAUUGUUAUUUAUUACAUAGUGAAUCAUUGGUAAUUUUCAUGAUAAGUUGGUACUGAUAUUUUUUUCUAAUAUGUCAGCUUUGGUAUGUGGAGUUUUGCUAAUAAUUUUGUGUUAUGUAGAGAAUUUAACAGAGUUCCUUAUGCUAUGGGAAUUAGAAUAUGAAAGGGAUCUUAAAACUUGUCUGCCAAUAUUAUAUCUUACACAUAUAUUUUUCAUUACCAUAUCAGUAAUUAUUUAUAUUCCUACAGUAUAUUUGAUAUAAUUUAGAGUAUUAUUGGCUAUCCAGUUGAUAGAUUGCUUUCAUAAUUUUUUUUUAUGUGUGGGAUUAUAUGGCAGAAAAUGAUGCAGUUAGUAAUGAAUACUUGCCGAGAAUAUGAACUAAAUGAAAAAAAAAUCACAAGAUUGAUGUCCCUUUUAUAUUUUGGCAGGUAUUAGUUUAAUGCAAAAGUUGUGGUGAUACACUAAUUUGGCAAUAAUAGAGUCUGAUUGCAGAGGAAUGAGUGUAGUCGUUUCCACUCCCUUUUUCUUCUUCUUCUCUAAAAGAUUGAAUGUUUCUUGGAAAGGGUGAAUGGUGUUAAGUGUACUAAUUUUGUAAAAGCAUAUGUGCUAUUUUUUGCCAAAUCAUUCUUUUUCAUACUUUACAAACUUAGCAUUAAGGUUUUAAAUAAUCUGUGAAUAUAUUGGGUGAAGAGAUGGUAAUAUGCCAUUUUUUGUAAAUUAUGGUUUGGAAAAUUACUAUUUUUGUUGAGGUUUUAUACGUAGCUAAUGUCAGUUUUUCAAGGUUAAUGAUAUUAAUUUUUUUCUUUUAGGUUAAGUAGCUAGAAAGUGUGAAAGUUAUAACCUUGAUAUGCUAUCACCUUCAGUAAGUGGGAUUGAUGAAUUAUGCUACAUAAUUUCCCAGGAUAUCCUUGACAGGGAUAUUGACAGGAGGUCUCACAUGUAUAACUCCUUAAUACUCUUGGGUUAAAAAUGGUUCGUCCACAGUGCACUCUGUCUGUCCGCUCUACUUCAGUGAGUUAGGAGAGGAAAGUAGCACAUGCUGUUAUACUUUCUUUCCCCUAUUUGUUUUUGUUAUUGAGAUCUGCCUGUCUGUCAGUCUCAUCCAUGGCAGAGAAAGGUUGGGUUGGCUCUUGGGUACUGAAUCAAAAUCAAUUUUGAGGGAACUAUUGUUGAUAAGUGGUUUAGAACAUACGAGUGGUUCAGUAAAUCAUGCAAGUAUAAAAAUUUAUGGUAUCUAAUCCUGCUUAGGGUAGUUUAGUGAAUAUUUUCCAAGGAUACUGCCAAGCCUCCCAUCCACGGCUUAGAAUAUUCUAUUAGUCCAUUGGCGGAUGUCAAACCCAGGAGUAUUGAGAUGUUGCGUACCAGAUGCUAAAGGGACAUCAGUGUGUCUUCUCUGGUUUAUUAUCCCUUCUGUAUAAUUUAGUUGUUAUUGAAAUCUGUAUAUAUUUGCUACUGAACGGCUAAAUUAUUGUAAUUUUUGGGGUGCCAUUUUCAGGAAUUUUUUUUUUGGUGCCGAUGAUGGAGACGUUUCAGAAAUGCAUUCAUGUAUAUUGAUUUAUUUUGCAAAGGGUGUCCAUUGUCAGUUUUCUAUUAAUUUUUCAAUAGGAGUUUACAGUUAGCUAUAUUUAGUUUUAUAUAUUUAUUCAUCACUAAUGAAGUGAAAUAUGUAAAAUACAUGUGAGUGAUAGUAGGGUGAUACAUUUUUAUUUUUCAUUAUUGGCAGAGAUUGUAACAUACUUGAUUUUGUAAAGCUGGAUAAUGUACUUUAUGAAAAUAUUCUCCAGUUUAAUGUUAUGCAUAUAUUUAAUAUAUGCAUAACAUCCAUAUAUCUGUAGUGAUCCAGAUAAUUUUACUAGCCCAAACAAUAUGAUUUGUAUUGUCAUUUUUAUUAAUUCAUUUAAUUAAUGAAAUUAUGCUAACUCUUGAAAGGGAGAGGUUUUUUAUAUAAACUUAAUAAGAAGCAAGUGUACAGAUUCAUACUAUAUCAAACAUAAAUUCAGUCACAGGAAUGAUGUCCAAAGUUAUUGCGAGAAAUUCACUAAAAGAUUAUUUCUGGGGUUGAUUCCUGGUUCUGAAGUAACUGGUAGUCCUUUAACACAUGAUUUUUCUACUGAUGUAUUAUGUAUCUGUGAGCACACUUGUACUGAUUUUUUUUUUUUUUUUUUUUUUUUUAAUUUAGAUUUUAUCUGUUUGGCAUAGGAAUCUGAAUAACUGUUUAGUUGUAGUCAAAAGAACAAUAGUGUAUAUUGAAGUAUUUUUUGUUCUUAUGGUUCACACUUCAGAUCUGACCAAACUAUUUACAACAGGUAUCCUCUCACCCAGUUCAUUAUUUAUCUCACCGUCGUUCCGUUUUGUCUUUGUACCUUGCGCAAAGUACAUGGACUUUUUACCUCAUAGGCUUGGCUUCUUAUUUUUCACACUGACUCUUUAAUAAUUGAUAAUGUAUUAUGAUUAAUAUGAUUUAUUUUUCUUGCUUUUUUCUGUUUGUUUUUACCUUUUCUUUUCUGUUUUACCUGCUUUCCUUUUGUUGUUGUUGUUUUUUCUUGUUAAUU